AUGAGAACUGUCAUUGAAAGAUAUUAUGAUCAAUACUUUAGUAUAGAUAAUCAAGGAAAAGAAAAUGAAGAUCAAUAUAUAAAUCAACAUUCAAAUGGAGUGUUUGUUGUUGGUUUAGCACCUACACAUCCAAUUAUCUCGGAACAAAAGAGUAUACUAAAGAUUGAAUAUUCACAGGCAGCACUCAACAAUGUAUUUAGUGGCUCUGGUAAAAAGGGAGCAGUCAAGAUGAACAAAGAGACUGCAAUGUGUACGAUUCAUUGUGUUGAUGGAACAUCCUAUUCGAUAUACCCAUGUGUCAAGGGUAAACUAUUAGAGAUCAACAAGAUAUUGAUCGACAACCCAUCGAUGCUUCUCUCUAAACACGCCACCUCUGCCUAUAUUUGUAUGAUCGAUCCCUACGACAGAGAAACCUAUAUGGACAAGUAUCAAAGUAAGUUUCUUACUUUUGAACAAUACCAUCUAAAGAGAAAUAUACCAAUUCAAAGAGGUCCAACUUUUAAAAAGGAUUCUGAUUUUGGUUCAGCUGAUGAUGGUGGUGGUGGAAAUCAACAAAAUCAAUAG